AUGCCUGUCUACCAGCCCGAACACUUCAAUCCUUCAGAGGCCACUCUAGUCGGUCCUGGCCAUGACGCCGACUCCGCCCUCGCCCAACUUUUUAUUGCUGACCUCACCAUUCGGACGACUCCUAGUAAUGGUAGACUCAGCGUCUGCACCACUGACACUGCUACUGAGGCCUCUACCACUGGCAAGACAACAUCGACACACUCUCCCUCGAACCUCGCUCCAGACAGCUCAAGGCGGGCUCGCAGUCCAUCACUGAGGGAAUCCUGGCGUGCUUUGAGCCGAUCGCCAAGUAGAUCCGGAAGGGGCCUGAGAGCGGUGAGACCAGGAAAGCAAGGUGCGGUCUCGACAGCCGUUGCGUCUGUUCUCGAAACUGCUCGAAUCGAGCAUCCUGAACGCGGGACGAUUAGUGACGAGAUGUUGAAUCUCUUGAACGAGGUACUGAAAGGGAAAGGACAUGAGUUUGCGAAUAUUCCUCUGGAAACGAUGCAUCAAGUCAAAUUCAUGAAAGUUUCGAAGGAGGGGAAGGUACUGAAUGACAAGAGCGAAUGCAUAGAAUGGGAGUACCUCAUUCUUCACAACAAUGAAAGCUUGGACAGCGCUGCGGAACGACUGAACGAUACUGCCGUCAUCCACCGCAAGUACUUUCCUACAGAGACAACUGAGUGCAAUUAUGUCACCUGCUGCAUACAAAACGAUGGGGUCAACAAGUGGAACUGCCUUAUUCAAGCCUCAGUAUCCAGCGGCCAUGAGAUCUGUCACGACAGGGUGGACUUGGAUCGACUGGUAGCCACAUGCAUCACGAAGCAGUUCAAGUUCAUGUUUUGUAUGACCAUCCGGGAAAUCGAGCCAAGACAUGGACCACCUCGCCCAAGGAGCAAGAUGAUCCCAAAUCCUGCAAACAACGCCGUUGGCACGACUGAUCGCUUUGUUGACCCAGUCCAGCUGUCUCCCUACUUUGCUUCUCUGGAUCUGCAACUGCAGGGCGCAACCCAACUUUACACACUCGGGUAUCAUAAUACGACCCUGCGUACCGGUCCUACUGUAUUGAAAACGAUCGACCUAGAUCCCUCGUCCAUUGCGAGCGACGAUCAGUCGCCGAGCCUCUUCGAUAUCAUAAGGCUUGGGCCGAGUACUGGGGAGACUGCUUCCACCGGUACUGGACAAGCCAUCACUGUGGAACCUGGACUCUCGGUUGUCGAUCCAGACGGGCAUCAAAUCGUACGGGACCUAAUUAAAUAA